UUUUUUGUUUGGAGACAUUGACAUAAUUAAAUCUGCGACAAUGUGGCCUUGCUACACAAUGGACAAUCGUUUCGCUGACCGAUAUAAACAAGAUAUGAGCAAACCACCGCCUUCACCAUAUGGGAAGCCGUUUUUAGUUUCAAAUCCGUCUCCUCCUCCACCCCCUCGUCCAAUGCUUUGGGGACAGCCGCCGCCACAAACUGCGUUGACGAUGGGUUCUUUAAUUGAACCCUGCCAUUUUCAACCAUUGACCUGGCAUCAAGAUCAGCCAUCUUCCUCAGUUUUGUUGCAAAAGGAGAGCGGUACAUCUGUCAAAAGCAAUCCAUCAAAACCGACGACAUUUCCAAUGGUUACCAAGAACAUUCAAUCUUCAAGUCCACCGAUUUCAAUGGCCAAAGUUGCUCAACAAUUUGAAUCAAUGAAUUUGUAUAGUCCUUUACCAAAGGAGCAGGAAAAUUCCGUUUUUGACACCAAUGAUGAUGCCGAUUUUCCAAGUUUGAGUAGUAAUGGCAAUAAAACAAUUGAAAUUCCUAAACAAGCUCAAGUAAAAACAACACAACAAAAGUCUUUCGCAAACAUUGCUGCAAAAGCUCCGACCUUGGUGAAGAAACAAUCGGAUUCUAAUAAUAUGCAGACAGUUAAGGCGCGAGGAUCGAUAUCUAAUUCUCCUCCUAGCCAGCCACAACCACCGCAAUCACAAACGACAAUUAUUCCUCCAACUUCAAACUCUUUGGUGGUUAAACAAAAUGAAGACCUUUCAAUUAAUAUUAAACAAAAAGAGGAAGAAACUAAAAUUCCACCAAAAUCGCCUUUGACCUUUGAUCAAUUUAAUGACAAAAUUGAAGAGAAUAAGAAUUUCUCUAAUUUUUUGGUGGAAUCUCAAUUUGAUGACUUAUUUGAACGUGAUCCAUAUUUAAAUCAUUUGAGAAAUGUUCAAGAGGAUAUGUUUCUUCAAAUAUAUAAUAUGACGCCUAAUGACAAUUUUGUUAUUCCUGAACCUCAAAUAGUUGAGGAGAAAAUUGAAAUAGUAGAAUCUCCACCUCCUCGACCGCCAUCUAUCGAUGAGUGGCAAACUGUGGUUGCUCGUCGAAGAAAAACUUCUUGCAAUACCGAGUAUUUGUCUCAUCGACCAAGUCCAUGUACUGACGAUGGGUAUAUGGAAGACUACAGUGACGAAGAUGACUUUGAUGGUGAAAAUACAAAUGAUGGAAUUAUUCGAUCAGAUAGCCCUGCAAGUAGUAUAGCACAACGUAGUGACAAUGUACUGGAGGGAACUAGUGGAGGAUCCCAUUUAGACAAUAAACAUAUAUUUUAUAGAACACAUAUUUGCCUUUAUUGGCAAAACUGGCAAGAAGGAAAAGGUCCAAAAUGUCGACAUGGAGAAAAUUGUUUUUAUGCUCAUGGAUCUAAAAAAUUAAGAAAACUUAAUCCUGUAUAUUACAAAACAGUCUUAUGUGAAAAGUUUAAUAAUGGGGAUAGAUGUCCAUAUGGUGUAAAUUGUAAUUUUGCACAUGGCGAGAGGGAAUUGAAAAAAUUUUUGACAAAAGCACAAUCAAAUAAUAAUAUAAAUUCAACAAAUAAGGAGUUGAGGAAAUUUUUUGCUGUAUCAAAACGUUACCAAAUUCGGAAAAAUCGUGGAACAGAAACUAUUCAAUGUAAUCCAGUAAAGCAUUUUGACAAAGUAAAAGUAAUAAAAACAAAAGAAGGGCAAAAAAGUAUUAAAAAAUAG